AUGGGGGAAACAAGCGUUGGCCGAACGCACGCCGUGUCGAACGAUCGAACGUACCGCAGCAUGUGGCGUCGUCGUUGCGUGCCGCGUUCGCCGCCACAGGCUUGUUAUUAUUACACACUAGGCAGUGGCGCCGCGCCGGACUGCACCAUUCAUCUCUGUCCUACUGUGGUAGCUGAAAUCGUGACGGUCGGACGCACCGCCCGCCUGCCCGACCGACCGACCGAUGAACCGCAUCGAUUGGCGGCGCGUUCGCACAUCGUCGUAUUUCAGGUGCGUGCUGCACGAAGCACAGUCGUGCGCGAGGUCCUGCCCCGUGCCGCGAAGAAGUUUGCACGCGCGAACGCGUCCGUAUGA